AUGCACAGAAAAGACUGUAUUGUUAUAUACUGUUGGGUAAAAGGGUUUAUUCCAGUGGGCGAAAAAGCCUUUCCUAAAAAGAUAAAAAACAUUGAUGUUGAUGUACGUGAAGGUGCAUGCUUCUUUGCUGCUGAUGAAAAUUUCCUACAGAUUGGAAGCAAAAUUGGACGACGAUAUGGUUCCAGUCUUGGAACCUUAGGAGGUUUUGUGAACAUAGAUUCAUCAACAAUAGGAUGUUUGACUUGUGCACACGUAGUCUGUCCACCUGCUGCUAUACAGUCGGAAGAUAUCGUAAGAUUUAUCUCCAGCAAUCUGAUAGAAGUCGAAAAUAAAAGUGAUUCGGAUGUUAUAGGCACAGUAGAAAGAGCUGUUUUUAAACACAGUAACUCAAGAGAAGUUAGUGUUGAUGCAGCCUUGGUUAAAAUAUCCCGACAACAUCCAGAGAAUGGAAGUUUCCUUCUGGAGAUAAGCGAUGCGCAAUUAUUGAGUGCAGGUUUUUCAGCUUACAAUCGACCAGCCUUUACAAAUGGGGCCAUUAUAAAAAUUGAUUCGACGAAUUACAGACGCCCACUUUUAAAGUGUGGUGCAAGCAGUGGACUUACUGUCGGGUAUGCACACUGUAUAAACGUCCAUGCUGCAAUCAUUAAUGACAAAGAGAUAGAAUUUGAAUUUGGAAAUUUUAAAGUUCACGGCCAGAUAGAAGUUCUGCCAGUUCAAAGACCAGACAAGGAGAACGAGGCUGCCAAUAACAAGUUUGCAAUUAACGGAGACUCGGGGUCCCUUGUAUUCAUGAUUGAGGAGGACAUGCCGCCAGUUCUUAAAUGUGUUGGUAUGGUAACUGCUGUAACUACAUAUGGAUCUUGCUUGGUGACCCCAAUAGAUCAUGUUCUUCUGGAUUUAGGGCUUCCUCUGAAUGCAUUUUGCAAGUUCGGGAACGAAGAUCAGUCUAGAUCUGAUGUUGAAAUCAAUGACACUAUCGUUGAAAGGAUAGUCCGAGAUGUAACACAAGCAAUUUCUACUAAUUUUGAUUCUACAUUUCAGACAAUAAAUAGAAGAUUAGAUGCCCUCGAAGAAAGAAAUUCGAUGUAACAUUGAUUACAUGCUAAACUUUAUUUCUCACAAGAUCAUUUAAAAAAGGAUUUCUUCCAAAAAUCAAAACUGGUGGUAACAGAGCAGAACAGAGCUACAUGUAUA